UUGCUCGCCGUGAAAACAGUGUGAAGUAUUUCAAGGCCGAGCCCGGCUAACGUAGAUAAAACGCAGCUUUCCCAGGCUGCAACAAACAACAUUCAUUCCUUCUGUCCAGUCAGAGCAUCUUCACGUUCACGUCAAGAGAGCCCAGUUUGCAGACAUGUGCGUGUUGCUGUGUGCCGUGGUGGUUCUUCUGGCCUUUCCUCUCGGGAACAUGUUUGUUUUGCGUCCUGCAGCCGAAGCUCACAGAUGCAGAGAGGAAGUUGAAAUCAGGAAAAUUCUUCUGGAAUCUCUGAACCUUCAGCAGGAGCCGCGUGUCUCGGUGUCUGAGAUGAAACAUCUGCGUGAGCAUUGGAAAGACGCCGUCUCAACCACAGCAGUGAACUCAACAUUCCCUGAGGAAUCUGGAAAGACCACACAGCAGAAGUGUUGCAAACAUUCCUCACAGAUUUUCAUCAAGGAUUUGGGCUGGGACGGCUGGAUUGUUUAUCCUGAGACGUUUACCUUCACUCGGUGCACAUCAUGCGGCCUUAAUCACUGUUCUGAGAACGCAAGUUCCUCGACACAGUGCUGUAAGCCCACCGCUCAUGAUAUUCUCCCCUUCGUCUACGUGGAUGACUGGAGCAGUUUGGUGGUGUCUUCUGUGAGCGUGGCCAGUGAGUGUGGCUGUGACCCCGGAGAAGGCACGAAGGAGCCUGAGGUCAUGACCCCUUCCUAAAACCCUCCUCUUCUCUCACGGGUCACGCUGACCCGUGCGAACACCAGCAUAGAGCUACUGAAACACAGUUAAAAAAAGCUUUUUAGGUUUGUGGCUUGGCUGAAAGAGGCUUUAUUCAAAUGCCUUGACAUGUUAUAUUUGCUGCUGCUGCGGUUUGGAAGUCAGACAGAAACAUUAUGAACACAAACUCUUGGCUUUUGGGGGUUUUAAGGGUGUGAUUAAAUACCAAGUGGAAAAAUACAAUUUUAGCGUUCUCAGAAGAUCUAAAUUCCUCAUCUAAGCCAGUUUUUUCUCAGAAAAGCACAAUGAACCUUCUGUCACGAAAUGAUUCGAGCCCAAAUCUCUCUGUUUUUAACUUGAGCAUUCAAUGGUUGAGCUCUGACCUGAUUUCAUUGGCCAGCAACUGUGUGUUGUGACUCUGCCAAGUUCAGUCCUCGAUACACCAAAUGAAAGAUUCUCAUGGAAAUAGAUCCUCUGACAUGGAUGAAUUUGCUUUUUACGCAUCUGUUUAUUAUGUGGACUUGUUCCUCUGUGGGACUGGGUGGGAUGGUGCGGGAAUAUUUUGGCUGUGUUUAAAUAUUUGCAACAUUUUUUGAUUUUGUCACGAUGUCUUUGUUCACAUAAACUCUUCUGUUUCAUGUUUCACAAAUCAUUUCUAACCUUAUGCACCUUAUAAAGUGGUUAUUUGAAUGGCCAGCUAACCCUUUCACAUGUUGUUUUUUGUUCCACUGUGAUUUUAUAUCAGAUGUAUCAGCAGCAUAACGUUUUAAUAAACGAAGCUUUUGUGAAGUUA